UUCAGGGGAGUGCUAGUGCUCUGGGAGUGUUGAUAUUUUCCAGUCAGUCCAGCUGACUGCGGCCAAGUUGGGAGCCUGGCAGGGGAAGCGCUUUCAAGAUUGUCGUGCGCGGGGCCGGCCACGCUGCCCUGUUGUAGUACCGCCGCCUGCGAAUUAGAGCCUCGGAGAGAGAAGAGAGUGUGACGGAGUGAACGAGAAGAAAGGCAAAGAACCGAGGCGCCGACUUUGACUGAAAUCUGAGACCGAAGGCUCGGGAGGGCGAUUGCUCGCAUCUGAUUGGUCCGUGGGCGUCAUCGAGGACCUACGCAGGCGUCUCGAUUGGUUGGUGCCCUCACUUGUUGUGGCGGCGGCGUAGAAUUUUGCCCACGUACUUCCGAACGAGAGGCGGGGCCGUGCUCUGGCGCGCGUGCGCAGCGCCCCGGGGCCCCACCCGGUAGUUCAAGAACCUGCGAGGGGGCGGGGCGAGGAGGUGCUUGUUUUGGUUCUGUUUCCUUUGAAGCAGCAGUCCGGAACGAGCGAGCGUAGCAAUAAGCUUGUUGGACUUGGAAAGGAGGCUACGACAAACUCGCCGCGGUGCUUUCAUCUAGGACUUAACAUCCGGGUUCUCCUGCCGCGUGACCCGCGCGCCACCGAGGGUUCUCGAACCGGUGCUUCAAUCCCUUUAUCCGGGUCUCGCCGAUCCCGUCGUGCUUCGCGCACCACAGUAGCCCCCUCAUCCGGGUUCUCUCCCAGCGUGCCCCGCGCCGGGUUUGCUGGGGGGUACUUGGCGGUGCCGCCAUGACUAUUCUCCCCAAAAAGAAGCCGCCGCCUCCCGACGCCGACCCCACCAACGAACCGCCGCCGCCCGGGCCGCUGCCCCCGGCGCCGCGUCGCGGCGGGGGUGUGGGCGUGGGCGGCGGCGGCACGGGUGUGGGCGGCGGCGACCGCGACCGUGACUCGGGCGUCGUGGGGGCCCGUCCUCGGGCCUCGCCACCGCCUCAGGGCCCGCUACCGGGGCCACCGGGAGCGCUUCACCGCUGGGCGCUGGCCGUGCCGCCUGGCGCCGUGGCGGGUCCGCGGCCACAGCAGGCCUCUCCUCCUCCCUGCGGGGGCCCUGUUGGUCCCGGCGGCGGUCCCGGCGACGCGCUGGGCGCAGCAGCGGCGGGUGUGGGCGCGGCGGGCGUGGUGGUGGGCGUGGGCGGAGCGGUAGGCGUUGGCGGUUGCUGCUCUGGGCCGGGCCACAGCAAGCGUCGGCGUCAAGCCCCCGGGGUCGGAGCGGUUGCAGGGGGCAGUCCAGAGCGUGAGGAGGUCGGCGCAGGUUAUAACAGUGAAGACGAGUAUGAAGCGGCUGCUGCUCGCAUCGAGGCAAUGGACCCCGCAACCGUCGAGCAGCAGGAGCACUGGUUUGAAAAGGCCCUGAGAGACAAGAAGGGCUUCAUCAUCAAGCAAAUGAAGGAGGACGGCGCCUGUCUCUUCCGGGCUGUAGCUGACCAGGUGUAUGGAGACCAGGACAUGCAUGAGGUUGUGCGAAAGCAUUGCAUGGACUAUCUGAUGAAGAAUGCUGACUACUUCUCCAACUAUGUAACAGAGGACUUCACCACCUACAUCAACAGGAAGCGGAAAAACAACUGCCAUGGCAACCACAUUGAGAUGCAGGCCAUGGCAGAGAUGUACAACCGGCCCGUGGAGGUGUACCAGUACAGCACAGAACCCAUCAACACAUUCCAUGGGAUCCAUCAAAACGAGGAUGAACCCAUCCGCGUCAGCUACCAUCGGAAUAUCCACUACAAUUCAGUGGUGAAUCCCAACAAGGCCACCAUCGGUGUGGGGCUAGGCCUGCCAUCAUUCAAACCGGGGUUUGCAGAACAGUCCCUGAUGAAGAAUGCCAUAAAAACAUCAGAGGAGUCCUGGAUUGAACAGCAGAUGCUGGAAGACAAAAAGCGGGCCACAGACUGGGAGGCCACAAAUGAGGCCAUUGAGGAGCAGGUGGCUCGAGAAUCCUACCUGCAGUGGCUGCGGGAUCAGGAGAAACAGGCCCGCCAGGUUCGCGGCCCCAGCCAGCCCCGGAAAGCCAGCGCCACAUGCAGUUCUGCCACAGCAGCAGCCUCCAGUGGCCUGGAGGAGUGGACCAGCCGGUCCCCGCGGCAGCGGAGUUCAGCCUCUUCACCCGAGCAUCCUGAGCUGCACGCCGAGCUGGGCAUCAAGCCCCCUUCCCCAGGCACUGUCUUAGCUCUUGCCAAACCUCCUUCACCCUGUGCACCAGGUACAAGCAGCCAGUUCUCGGCAGGGGCCGACCGAGCUACUUCCCCCCUCGUGUCCCUGUACCCUGCUCUGGAGUGCCGGGCUCUCAUUCAGCAGAUGUCCCCCUCUGCCUUUGCAGGUCUGAAUGACUGGGAUGAUGAUGAGAUCCUAGCAUCGGUGCUGGCAGUGUCCCAACAGGAAUACCUAGACAGUAUGAAGAAAAACAAAGUGCACAGAGAUCCACCCCCAGACAAGAGUUGAUGGAGACCCAGAGACUGGAGACCAUCUCCCAACCCCCACCACUCCUGCCCUCCGGUGCCGCCCCACCUUCUUUGGCUUUCUUCCCUCCUGCCUUCUUCCCUCUCUCCCCUCCUUUCCCUCCUCCCCACUUCCCUCUGGCUGGCCCACCCCUGCACCCCUUCUCAUCGCUGCCAUCACCACCAUCACCUGUCUCUUCGCCAGCUGACGUGCCCUCUUGCCCCCUGCACAGCACCAUCCCUGCAUUCCACAGGGGACUUGGGCAAGGGUGCCGAAGGUAGGCGAGAGGCACACAGAAACAAACCAACUGGCAGCCAGGCAGCCCCUGAGGAGAGACAUUCAGACAGAGGAAAGUCUCCCUGCCCCCCAUUCCUUCCAAGAUCAGAAAAACUUGUCACCCCGCCUCCACAAUGAUGCUGGGGAGGUGGGAGGAAGAAGUGGGAAUUCCCCUUCCCAGUACCCCAAGAAUGUCUGAGCCUUCAAUGUUGAAUUUUUUUCUUUAUUAAAAUGUACUUUUAUCUUAUAAAAUCAACCAAUCCAAAAUGAUGUAGACAAUAGCAGUGGCUCUGUGAAGGCGGCAUCUCUGGUUUGGGAGCAGACAGGCCAUGGGGACAGAGGGGGCACAAAGAUGUGGUUACUGUCUCUUGCCUCCAGCUCUGUGGAGGUAGGCAGGGUCUAGAGUGCAAGCCGGGGUGGGGGCAGGGGGCAGGUGUCUUGUGGGCUUUCGACAAUGAGACUCUUGACCUUGCUGCAUUCCUACUGCUUCUACACCACUACCACUGCCACCACCACCAUCACUAUCACCACUACCACUACUACCACUGGGUCUCUUCGGAUCUUGGGGUGGGGGGCACCUUUGAGGAUCAUGGCUGCUACCGCCCAGGAUUUGAGCGUGGGGAGUGGGCACAGCCUCAGCAGAUGGGACACCCGUGCCCUGCAGGUGUUGACAAGAUCCACCAUCUGUAACGUCCUUGGCACAAUAAAACCAAAUGUUAGUUUCCCCUGAGCGCCUCUGUUCUAUGUGGGGCACAAGGUGGGUGGGCCUCUGGGCAGAGGUGGUGAUGGCCUAGGCCUUGGCUUGACCUCUGAGGGCUGCAUGCUCUCCAGUAAGCUCUGUCUGUGGGCCCAGAGUUUGUUCAUAUUUGAUUCACUGCUUACUAAACCAACUUCUGGACCUGUUAUUACCAAGAAAGCUCCAUCUUUGCUUGCUGCCCCUGCCUCCGUUCUGUCACAUGUAGCCUGCCCACCCUGUAUCCUGGGUUGUGAUGGGAGCAGAGGACUAGGAGCUUGAGGGCUGGGACCGAAGUUCCACCUUUACUGCCUGCCUCCUUCCCUAUGUGUGUUUGCUUUUUCCUUGUGAUAUUUGAUGUAGAAAUGCUUUGGAAAGGCACAACGGAUGCUUCAUAUCAACGUAAGUGUAGUGGAAUUGACUGGAGGGGCCUCUCUGGUGUAAGGAAUGGUUAAACCCUUUCUUGUUCAUGUUCCCAGUCCUCUGACAUCCAUGCCCCUGCCUUUCCUUGGCGUACAACCAAGGCAGAGAAGGAUGGCUGGCCCCCAGGUUUUGUCAAGAGUGUAUAUUGCUGUGCCUCACUAAUGAGGCCCCUAUUUAAGGAUGCAUGUCCAGCUCUGCCAGUAAAGGCAUGGUGGCUGAGUGGCCAUCUUGUGGGGUAUCUGUGGAAUCCACUAGUCAAUCAUCCAGAUGUUGGAGAGUUGGUUUGGAACCCACCUUGUUUUUUUCUAGCUAUGUGACCUUGGCCAAAUCACAGGCUGAGGUUCAAGGGUCCCACCGUGUGUACAACAGGAGUGAUUAAUGUCUACUACCUCACGCUCUCUCUGGUUGUGAGCAUUGAGAGAGAAGCAUGUGGUCAACAUAAAAUGUCUGAUGGCAUGGUGCCUGGCAUGUUCUGAGAGCCCAAAUGUUAGCAGAUAGUAUUUAUUUACCUAAUGUUGAAGUUUUUUACACCAUCUGGCCCCUGCCUACCUCUUCUUGCUGCUCUCUCCAGUUUCAUUGGCCCCUGCCUGGAAUUUGCCCUUUCCAUAUCCUGAGCCCCCAACCUUGUCCUUCAAGAUGGGUAGUGUCACCUUUUGAGAAGCCCUGUGUGACCCCAUCCAUAUUCCCAUCUCUAUCCACGAAUAUGUCUUUACUCCUUCCCCAAUAACUCUGUGAUUCACUUCCUGGGCAAGGGCUGUGAUGCCUAACUUAAUCUGUGUAUCUCUAAUAUCUGCACCCCUGCCAGGGCCUGGCAGGCUUACAGUAGACCCCUAAUAAAUAUUGGAUGAAUAAGG